GAAGUGUACCUCUGGUGCAAAUUACUGACCUCUGUCAUCAUUUUAAGUGGGGGAACUUGCACAAUCGGUGGCUGACUAAAUACUUUUUACUCCACUGUAUAUGGAAUUUUGUGUUCAAUUUGGAGAUGAUACUAGGGCUCAUUAUAAAUACGCUGGAAGCUGGGUUUGGAGAACACCACCUUAAAGUUGCUUUAUGGCAUGGGCCAUAUCCAGAUCAGUGAAAUAGGGUAAGCUUAGAGCAGACAUCAACUGACAAGAAUCAGAAUCGCAUUUAUUGGCAAAGUAUCUGCACAAACACAUACAAGGAAUUUGGUUCCGGUCGAUGGUGUCUUUCAAGCACAACAAUGUAAAAGCACACAAUAUGUGAGCAACACAAUGAACAAUAUACAUAAACCACAAUAUAAAAACAUCUAAAUCCUUAUAUACAAAAACUACAGGAUUACAAAAAUGAAUACCACAGAAUGUACAUAAGGUGCAGUUGCAGUAUGGCAGUGUGAAGCAAUGUGACAGUUCAACUAUUUAGGAGGGAAAUAGCAAGGGGAAAGAAACUGUUCCUGUGUCGGGUGGUUCUGGUCUGCAGGCCUCUAUACCGUCUGCCAGAAGGCAGCAGGUCAAAAACUCUGUGUCCAGGGUGUGAGGGCUCUGUAAAGACCACUGUAGAAGGGUCCAUGCUCACUGGUCCUGUUAAUCAGAUACCUGGUUGGCACCUGAUCGUUAGCACCUGGGGUACCAGAAAUUCAAAACAAAGAGUCAGUAGCAGAAUAAGUUAUUUGGCAAUGUCAAAAAAGAGAUGGCAAGUUUUCAUGGGCGCAAUCCACAUACUCAAUUCCGCUGCUCAAACCACAAAUGUAUUUUUCUCACAAAUGUGGUGAAAAGAGGUUUUCCAGUGUUACAAGAUUUAUUGAAUAAAGAAAUUUGUUUGUGGUCAAUUCUUUGCUGUAAUAUUGUUUCUUAGCAAUAAGUUAUUUAUUCCCAUGUAUUCUUUCUGCAGGGCUCAGCUGCUCUCCACCUCUCUAGCCCUCAGGACAACCUCUUACUUGUCAAAGGAAACAGAGUACAUGCCCUGGCAAUCUGCUCUCAAUAAUCUGGACUAUUAUUACCUCAUGUUAGACCGUACAGAUGUCUAUCAGCCCAUGCAGGACUACAUAAGAAAGCAGGUGACUCCACUAUUCCUAUACUUCAAGAACAUGACCUUAGACUGGAGCAGUGUUCCUGUACAACACACCGAUCAAUAUAACCAGGAGAAUGCCAUUCGUAUGGCGUGCAGAAGUGGGGUACCAGAAUGCAACAGCUUGACAACCACAUGGUUCAAAAAAUGGAUGGAGGAACCUCAACAAAAUAUGAUCCACCCCAACCUGCGUUCAGUGGUGUACUGCAGUGCCAUUGCAGCAGGUGAUGAGGCUGAGUGGGAGUUUGGAUGGUCACAAUUUAAGAUUGCUUCUGUAGCAAAUGAGGCCAACAAACUCAUGUUUGCAUUGGCCUGCACAAACAACACAGAGCUGCUAAACAGGUAUCUGUCUUACACUUUAAACUCCACUAUCAUCCGGAAGCAGGAUGCCACCAGUGUCAUCACAUCUGUCGCCAGCAACAGAGCAGGACAAAAGCUGGCUUGGGACUUUGUCAGAAACCAUUGGGAAUACAUGUUCACAGAAUAUGGCGUGGGCUCUUUCUCCUUUGCUUCUAUGAUCACUGGGGUAACAGCGAGGUUCUCCACACCUGCUGAACUACAGGAGCUGAAGGAGUUUGUCGAGGCGCACAGUGCAACAGGGUUUGGUUCUGCCACACUGGCUAUAGAUCAGGCCCUGGAGAGGACCAGAAUGAACAUCAAGUGGCUGCAGACAAACAAACAGGAAAUCCUGAACUGGUUCAACAGUCAGAACGGAGAUCAAAUGCAGUAACAAAGGUGUGUUUGGAGAUUUAGUGUUGUUUUGGUUUUUUUCUGGAAAAAAAGAGUGACAAUUUUAUAAACUACUGGUGUUAAAAAUGAAAAACGGCAUGCAGUAAUAAAGUAGUGAAAGAUGUCUGUCCAAAUUAAAUUUGAUUUGACUGUAUAUGAGAUGUGUUUUAAUAAAUAAUAAACUCAGAUGAUCCCUUUAUUAAACUGACUGACAAAUGCAAAUAAACUAAAAUGUAACCAAACUUUAAAAACA